GGGGCGGGGCGAGAGAGAAGACCUGACUAGGGACGGUUCAGCUGCCCAAAGCACCCGCUGCGGUGGACCUGGCCGGCGACCUGGACCUCUCGCUUUUCUCGUCCACUCUCCGCGCCUGCACAGCCAGGUAAUGAAGCCACUCGGAGAGGGAAUCUGGUUCUGUUAGGCGGACACACAAACCCGGAAAAGCGCGCGGUACACCUCAGAGUUCGAUCCCGCUGGACCCAGGACCCCGGGCUGGCGCGGCCGGCAUGUCGGAUGCGCGGAAGGGGCCGGACGAGGCGGACGAUAGCCAGUGCGACUCGGGCAUAGAGUCGCUGCGCUCUCUGCGCUCCCUGCCCGAGCCUACUGCGGCACCAGUCUCCUCCGGAUCAUCGCACAGCGGCUGUCCACAGCCUUGGAGCCAUGCUCCGGAGACCGACAAGGAACCAGAGAAGGAAGAUGCGGAUGGAGAGCGAGCGGACUCCACCUAUGCCUCCUCCUCUCUCACUGAGUCCUUCCUCUCACUGGAGAGACCCGAAGCCAAGGAUCCAAGCCCUCCCGCCCCAGGCUCGCCGCUGCCCCCCGCGGGGGUGCUGAGCCCUCAGCAACUCGAGGCGCUCACAUACAUCUCUGAGGAUGGAGACACGCUGCUCCACCUGGCAGUAAUUCAUGAAGCCCCGUCGGUGCUAUUCUGUUGCUUGGCUUUCCUGCCCCAGGAGGUCUUGGACAUUCAGAACAACCUUUACCAGACAGCACUGCAUCUGGCCGUUCAUCUGGACCAGCCAGAUAUCGUCCGGGCACUGGUGCUGAAGGGGGCCAGCCGAAUUCUGCAAGAUCAACAUGGUGACACAGCCCUGCAUGUAGCCUGUCGGCGCCAGAAUCUGGCCUGCGCAUGCUGCUUGCUAGAGGAGCAGCCGGAGCCGGGCAGAGAGCCUUCUCAUCCCCUGGACCUCCAACUGAAGAACUGGCAAGGUCUGGCCUGUCUCCACAUCGCCACAUUGCAGAGGAACCAACCGCUCAUAGAACUGCUGCUUCAGAAUGGAGCUGACAUUGAUGUACAGGAGGGCACCAGUGGAAAGACUGCCCUGCACCUGGCUGUGGAGACCCAGGAGCGCAGCCUGGUGCAGUUCCUGCUCCAGGCUGGUGCCCGGGUAGACGCCCGCAUGCUGAAUGGAUGUACACCGUUGCACCUGGCAGCUGGCCGGGGCCUCAACAGCAUCUCAUCCACUCUGUGCGAGGCCGGGGCCGACUCCCUGCUGCUGAACAUAGAAGAUGAGACACCCCAGGACCUGGCUGAGGAUCUCCUUUCCUAUUUGCCCUUCGAUGACCUGAAAAUCUCUGGGAAGCCACUGCUGUGCACUGACUGAAGCUCCGAUGGGCUGGUGGACCCCUACCUCUUCCCACCUGGAACCUGGAACCGCAGCUGUGGCCAUUGGGACCCGAGCGAUGUCGACCCUCUGCUGAUGCUAGUCCUGGGGCUGGCAUAGUCCUAAAAUGAGAUGAAGGAUUACAGAUGAAGGAUUACAGAUGGAGAAGAGACGAUCUGGAAGGAAGAACGUCCCAGGUGGCCUGGAAGGAAAUUCUUAAAAGACCCUCAAAGCCACUGGUCUCCUGAGGGACAUUUUCUUGCUUCUGUUGGAGACGGCAUGGGCUGAAAUGACCAGCCACCAGGAAAACAAGGAUAGCAAAAACCGGCCCCUGAGGGCUCUUACCUAAAAUACCUUUGUGAGUGUGUUUGGCACUGGGGUUUGAACCUAGAGCCUCCGCAGUGGUAGGCAAACAAGCUUGCUCUCACGGAGUUGUGUCCCCCAGCCCUCUUUUUCACUUUUUAUUUUGUGAUAAGAUCUCACUGAGUUGCCUGAGAUGGCCUGGAACUCAAUCUGUAGCCCAGGCAGACAUCUUUGAACUGGAAUCCUCCUGUCUCAGCCUCCCGCGUAGCUGGGGUUAUAGGUCUGGUGCCAGUAGGCCACCACAAAGUUGUUUAAAGACUUCAAACCUAAGGCUCCUCCCAACUGAACCUUUGUGAUUAUUCUAAUAUGACACUAAAAUGGAAGCAAGAGGCUUUAAAAGAAAAAAUGAUUGCUUUCUACAGUUGUAUGCAUAGGCAGGCCUGACCUGUGACUCCCAGAAGGCAGAGAGAAGGAAACAGGCCCCUGAGCAAGCAGAGGGCCUUACUGGGUACGGUAGGAGGCCUGACCGGUUCCUGCCUGCACAGACACAUCUUACUCCCGGUGAAAUGCCCAGGGUUGGAGAGUGAGAAGGACAAAUAUUGAGACCCUUGUCCCUGGAGAAGCGUGGGGACGUUGAACACAAGAGAGCUGCGACUUUACUUUUUCCCCCCUUAGAGUCCACACACUGAGGGCCCUUCUAGGUCCAGCUCGUGGCUGGCGUGAAGAAAGAGAAGAAAUAAACCGACAUAAUUUCUGAUGCUUAGCGCUUAUAGGCACUAAGCAAACACAUCCUGUGAGUGAGAGAUAUUAAAAGCAUAAACAACUAAA